UGGCGGACGUGUCUGCAGGCGGGCUCUAGAGGGCACGAGCAGAAAUCAUGGCAGGCGGUGAGAGAGUCGCUCAUCUGAUGCGCCAGCUCGCGAGCGCGGCGUGCAGAUGUCCUGCUCAUUCUCAAGCGUAUUCUCACACUCAUAACCGAGGUGAGGCUCAUAUAUGUGAACGCAAAACAGACUACGCAUUUGAAAUGGCUUGUUCAAAUAUCAGAUUUGGAGCAGGAGUUACCAGAGAAAUUGGAAUGGAUUUGCAGAACAUGGGAGCACAUAAUGUGUGUCUGAUGACAGAUAAAACCCUGUCUCAGCUGCCGCCGGUUGCAGCAGUGCUGGACUCACUGACAAAACAUGGAGUCAAAUACAAGAUCUAUGAGGAUGUGCGAGUAGAACCAACUGACAAGAGCUUUAAAGCAGCAAUUGAUUUUGCCAAAAAAGGACAUUUUGAUGUGUAUGUUGCUGUGGGCGGGGGCUCUGUGAUUGACACCUGUAAAGCAGCCAAUCUCUAUGCAUCUCAUCCAGAGCCCGAAUUUCUAGACUUCGUCAAUGCCCCAAUUGGAAAAGGAAAACCCAUCACAGCCGCACUGAAGCCAUUAAUCGCUGUUCCUACUACAGCUGGAACGGGGAGUGAAACCACAGGAGUGGCGAUCUUUGACUUUGAGGACAUGAAGGCCAAAACUGGUAUUGCAAAUCGAGCAUUAAAGCCUACUUUAGGGAUGGUUGAUCCCCUACAUACUCUUCACAUGCCAUCUAGAGUUGCAGCUAACAGUGGUUUUGACGUGCUCUGUCAUGCAUUAGAGUCAUUCACUGCAUUGCCGUAUAACCUGAGAAGUCCCUGCCCACCCAACCCCAUAAAUCGCCCCGCUUACCAGGGCAGCAAUCCAAUCAGUGAUGUCUGGGCAAGACACGCUCUCAUGAUCGUUGCCAAAUACCUGAAACGGGCAGUGUGUGAUCCCGGAGAUGUGGAGGCUCGCACCAGUAUGCACCUGGCCAGUGUGUUUGCCGGAAUUGGCUUUGGCAAUGCAGGAGUCCAUUUAUGUCAUGGAAUGUCAUAUCCCAUUGCCGGGAAUGUUAAAACUCACAGGGCUAAAGGCUACAAUGUGGAACAUCCUAUAGUGCCACACGGACUCUCUGUAGUUCUUACUUCACCUGCUGUUUUUGCCUUCACUGGAACAAUGUGUCCUGAGCGCCACCUGGAGGCAGCACAAAUACUAGGUACUGAUUUGAGCAACAUCAAGAAAGAUGAUGCUGGCCGCGUGUUGGCGGACACGCUCAGGUCGUUUCUGUAUGACCUAGAAGUGGAGGACGGCUUGUCUGCAAUUGGCUACACUAAAGAAGACAUUCCAUCUUUGGUGAAGGGCACCAUCCCUCAGGAGCGGGUAACUAAACUAUCUCCUCGAGCUCACACUGAAGAAGAUCUGACCGGUCUGUUUGCUGCAUCCAUGAAGCUUUACUGAACCCUUGAAGGACAUUUUAACAUGUUGAUGGUGUUCGCAGAAGCACAGCCUCAGAUUAGCUGUGCUGAUUUCAUUAUGUAAGCAGAGACACUGAUCUGAACCAACUGACCCCUCUGAACUUUAAUCCUUUCACUGCAAUGUCACUGUCUUGAGCGAGAAAGGAUUUAAAGUUUUGAAUUACAGAACUAUAACACACCCACAAUCAGAUACUAUAUGCUGUACACCAAUCUAAAUAUUGUGUUUAAUAUGUCAACAACUUAUUUAAACAUAAUCAUCAUAGUAAUCAUAUUUAAACCACCCUGUAUACACACACAGUACUGAGACUCUCCAUUCACUGUAACUCUUAUGGCUGAUUUGUUAUUCAGAGUGAUUUAGGCAGGUUGGAUUUAAAUGUCUAAUCUAAGAAUCAGGAUUAGACUUUACAUUGCAUUUGUUUUUUUGAUUGAGUUUUUUUUCCCUCAAUGUCCAUGCAGCAAAUCUAAAAAAAUUCACAGAAAUUCUGAAAAUGAAAUUCUGAAAUAUCAAUGCAUGCAAUAAAAUGCAAAUACCAUGAUA